CUCGCUACGAUUUUCUAUGUAUCGCCGCGUCCCUCGAGGCGAGCGCGCGCGCUAUCGAAUGAUUUAGCAUUCCAGUCAGAAAAAAACGGUUAAAAACCGGCCUUCAGACCACUUCGCUGGCUGCCGUUUUCACAGCCCAACCUUUGCUGUCUUUAUGUGGAUUCGCUUCCUGGUUGCAACACAGUCACACAGUACAAUUCAAGUUCUUCAAUACGCAUUUCAGCCUGAGAGACCAAUGUUCCUCGUCGAAACUAAUAAUUAUCCUCGGAACUUUCAAUAAACAUUUCAUGACUAUUUCUCGGAACAGGCAGUAUCUUUUUAUUCGUUUGAGUGGAAUGUCGUGGGCCACCGAGUAUUAGAAAUAUCUAAUAUAUCGUGUGAGUGCUAAGCGAAAACCUGGGAUCUAUGCUUCGUCUUCAUGGAGAAUGCGACUACACAAUCAACACAAGGUCUUCUGGAGCCUGUGCAUCCAGGCUCAGUAACCUUUAAUGAGAGUAUUCUAACGCCACUUCGUAACAACUAUUUGUAUGAGGAAUCAAAAGAAUGUUUCAUGUACAACUCUGCCCAGUUGAUCAACAAUGACGCUUUACAAAAACAGUAUGCUGCCUUUCGUUCUGAAAAACGGGAAAAAGGAUAUUCUGAACAGGAACUUGAAGAGUCAUUUGGCUUCCUGUUGCUUGAUGAUGCAAGCAGGGCAAGGAAAAUUGGUGAAACAGGCUUAUUGGUUAGACAAGGAAAAUGCACUACUCUUGGAGACUCUUUGAAAGGUGUCUAUAUUUCAAAAUACUCAGACUGCCUUGACUUGAAGCGCUGGUACGAUGGCAAGACUGGCUACAUUGUGCUUUUGAAGCUGACCAAGGGGAGAGUGAAAGAAGUUACAGACAACUACACCCAGAAUUUCACUCCUCCGACAGCUGGCUUCGACUGCCACGUGUCAGACCAGAUCGGUGCUGUGUCUUCAACUACAAGUUCUUUCUUGGCCUAUGAGCGAACACAGUACUACAUGUAUGAACUCUGUGAUAGAAGCAGUGAAACAAGGUCAUGUCCGAGACAUGCUUGUCCGUUUGCCAUCGUGGCAUUUUCAUAUGGGAAGAUGAACACCUCAUCAGAGUUGGAGCAAAAGAGCCAAGACAAAACAGUGUUUCAUUACCAACCAUGGAUUGGCCAAUUCAAGAUUGAAUCCACUGUCUAUGAUGUUGGUCUUCAGUCUUCGAGCGGAGCCUGGUUCCCAGCAAAACUCCCAAAGACAGUUCAAAUUGACCGUGCAAUUGGUGUGUCUGAACUGAAGAGGACUUUGCCGCGGGAAAUCUUUGAAACUUGUAUUGUGGGUGAAGUUUGCAUAGAUGGCAGAUGUUUCAACUUGUAUGACGUUGUCUCCUCUAAGGCGAAAAAUGAUCUUGCUCAGAUAACCCAAGAGCUAAAGGAAAAUGACAUGGCUCUUGUUAUACCACUUGAAGAUUCAGGUUUCCUUAUACUGUUACACUCUUCACAUCUCUUCUCUUAUGAAGAUGCAAAGUCUGGUAAGGCAGCAGCACUUCAAGGCAUGUUUAUUUUCCCAGACUCAAGAACUGUGCCAAAAGGUGCGAAGUCUGACCUGACAGAUACUAAAGUGUCAUCAGAAAUAAUGCAAGUCAUUCCAGCACUGAACUAUGCAGAAAUGGAGAUGGAAAAAUGUCCUCCAAACCAACAGGGGUGCUCUCAAAUUUCAUUAGAGAAGCAUUUACAAGACUAUGGCACUCUUUUUCACCCAGGGCUGUUGGACGUUCCCACCAGGGAAGCAAGUAUGUUUCCGGACCAAUAUGAUGUGCCUGGUGGUUUUACUCUGAUAUCGCCUAAGUGGUCACAGGAGACUGGCACUCGAUUAAAAUCCUAUUUUGAUGAACCUUGUGGCUUUACAAUUUCAGUAGUGAGGGCACUGGAGUUACUCACCACUGGUCGUCAGCAGCGUGGUGAAGAUCAUGACGAUGAUGUCUAUUACUGUAUAUCAUCACCUGAUGAGGUCCCGCAGACUGAUGCCCCCGUUGAAAUGGAGGUGACUAAGCACACAGAGGCCAUCAGUGAUGCCUCUCACAGGACUGAUCACAAGCAUUUGACAACAGAGCAGCCUCAACCUGCUUUGCCAGAGGGCACUGAUAAACUGGGAACAGCUGUAAUUACUGUAGCUGACAGUGUGUUGGUGUAUCCAACUUCCACAGUUUCACCUAAAUUGGGUGACUUCCCUUCAGAAAAUUGUAUAAGUAUUGACGGUGAUGUUGAGAAAACAUCUCAAGGCAACACUAAAGGAGAUGCUGAUGGAGUCUGUGUAGAUUUAUCCACAAAGGAGACUUCCAUCCAAACAAGGACUACACCAAUAAUCACAUCAAUAGAAGAGGGUGGUGCUGCUAAAGGGAUGGAGGAUAAUAUACAUCCUGAGAAAACAAUGGCUGAUCCUGAAAAGAAACUAAAUCUGCAGUCUUCUUCGAAACGUAAAGGUAGGAAGCGCAAAAUUCAAUGGAGAACCAUGAAGAUAAAAAGAAAAGCUAUUAAAAAAAACCCUGCUUCAACUUUGCCUCUCGUUUUGCCAGAGAACUCCACAAAUGGCCCUACAAAAGACCAGACUCGGACUGAGACCAUGCAUGCUGAUGACAUUAAUCAGAGGCUGCAUUUAACUAGUAGGGGCAAGGGACGCAGGCAAAGGGGCGUAAAACGAAAUCAAGGACAAGAAGCUUUAAAUGUGUCAACAGAAACUAUACUUGAUCAAAGUCCUUCAAAAAGAGACUGGCGGUCUCUUCCAAGGCGUAAAAGAUUGUGGAAUACUGAUGACAAUCUGAAGCGUUCUUUGAGAUCUGGUGCUGUAAAGAUUGAUGAGGAGACUAUAGUGAACACACCGGCUGAUACAACAACGCAAAGAUUGUCUAGCACACCCAAGAGGAAGAUGGAGGGAUAUAGCUUGAGAGAACGAUAUGGUCUCAAGACCAUAAUCACAACCUGUGGUAGAGUUUUUGUUCCACAUGGUUCAGAUGUUGAUGUACAUACUGCAAACAAGAGGCAAAGUGAGAAAAUGCAUGUUGAGAUGAGCAUUGACACAAAAACAGAAGCUAUUUCUCCUGUGGAAAACAAAUCCACAGAAGUAGUGGAAAGUAAGGGAGAAGCUCCCUCGACGGUGAUGAAAGAAUUACCCAGUAAAGUUCCAGUGGUAAGUGACUGUGAAGACUCUUCGGAUGAAAUGCCAACUGCUCUCUUGUCAGCAUUAAAGAUAUUGAGAAACCUUCACAAAAACAACCCAUUAGAAAUUGAAAAAAGUGGGGAUUUAUUUUCAGAAAAGCCCAUUAAUUCUACAUUAAAUGAGAACGUAGGCUUCCAACAAACGAACAAAGAAACAGAUGCAGCUUCUAGUCAUCCCAGAGUAUCUGACCAAUCCAUGCACUUGGACCCUAAAAUAUCCUCCCCUGACAAAAACAAAAAGAAAGCAAAAUGUGAUGUGUACAGUGCAAUAUCUAUAAGCAAAUUAAAGACAGUACUCAGAAGGGGAAAGAGGCCGAAAUCUCCUUCCCCUGAUGACAGUGCCAAAUCUGAGCCAGAAAACACAGAGCCAGAAUCAAAAAAAAGACAUUUGGGCACCAUUAUGCAGCUGCAAUGUGAUAUUAUCAAGAAUAAGUUGAAAGACAAAGCAUCACAGCCCAUGAUUAAUAAGGCACAAUAUCCACCAAAGAAGCCUGUGGAGGUAACCAAACAACCUGUGUCUUGGAGAGGUCUUAUUCACAAGGCAUCAAAAGAAAAUGGGUCUCUCAAUUUUGACACAUCAGCACCUUUUGAAAUAGCUAAACGCAAUGACCAGCAGCUCGUAUCGUCGCUUGGGGAUAGGGUGGGAAGGACGAGAAUUAGCGUUGAUGGCAAAGCCAGUGCAGAGAGUGAGAGCAUGAGUGCAUCUCUGCCCUCAGAUGCUUUGAGUUUACUGGCUGACUUGGCCCUCGGUGCAAGUAAUGAUAAAAUGUUAUCGAACUUAGAAGCCAAACCUGGCCAGGAGUCCCUUGAUGGAAUAAAGAGCAUCGGCUCCCCGGAGUCAGUCCUUCAUGCUCUUCUUCGUUGUCCAUCUGCCAGAGUUAAAUUACCCCCCAGGUCUCCUGUUCCAGAAGGUCUUUUAGUGACUGGGGAACUGAUUUUGGAAAUAUCUAAAGAGCAUUCUUACUCACAGCCAACCUCUCUGCUGUCAGGUUUGUCAGGUCCAUCCCCCCAGGUUUCUUAUCCACAUGGAUGUGUAGAUUCGGGUUUGUCAUUGAAGACUGGGCUUCAUCUCAACCUGCCUAAAGAUACUGCACCCUCGAGUCAUCAAGAGGAAGGAGGAAAAACAGAAUGGAAGCACUUGAUUUCUUCAAAUAAGACAAUGUCGUUGAUUCCCAAGGCAAAAGCACGAAAAUCAAGAUUUGCACGGAAUAGAAACUUAAUUGAAAAGGAGGGAAAGAUCCAAGUGACGAGGAUUUGGGAAGAAGAUUAUGAUUUUAAAUUUGACAGCAAGUUCACCAAUGACAAUAAAGACAAAACUGUCACACGAGCACUUCAUGGGAAAUGGAACUUCAACAUUGAAGACACCUAUGAGGAUGUCCAUCUCAUUUUUCACAUGUGGAUUGGACUUUUUUAUAGUAAACACACCUCCAGGUUAUUUCAACUUGAAAAUUGUACCGCACUUCCAAAGGGGAAGGAUGUUGAAAAGGUUCAUCUGGACAUUAACGCUAUUCAAAAUGCUGUGUCAUUGCUCAAUGUUGAGUUGACCUCGAAAGAUGACUCAUCCAGGCCAUCAGAGGUUUUGGAUCUUUCUGUGAAAAAUGGCGAGCCUGUGAAUUUCUGUUCAGUCUCAAAUCAAAGCAGAAAAAAAGACACAGCAUCAAAUCCUGGUGGAAUUUCACCAACGACACCAAGCCGUUCACCUUCUGGGACAAGUCUCUCCCUCAAUCCAAAAGUUACAGCAUUGAUGAAUUAUAGAUCUUCUGUGGACAUACCAGUUGACAAUUCAGUGCCUGACAGUCACAGUGACUCUGAUGAUGAAAAUGACAUCACCACUGACUGCACAUAUUCUCAGCUCUUGGAAGGAAAUAGUUCAUAUAACCAGUUGUGUGAGCAAGCAUCAAAUAUGAGGAUAGGUAUUCGGAUACUACUACCAAAGGUCAGAAAUGUUACUAAGAAUGAAGCAUCUACAAGAGUGACUACUUUUGACCUGAAAAACAUUAGUGUGUUCCAUCAAGUAUAUAGUCCCAUAAAACCGUCAGCAUUCUCAAAACAACAUCGUCUGAUUUUGGGUAGGAAAAGUUUUGAUCUGAGUUUAAAGAAGGCAACUGGGCGUAAAGCACAUACAGUACUCCAGAAGGAGAAUGUUUCUGACAGUGCAGAGAGUAAAGAGAUUUCUGAAACAAAUGAAAACAAAAAUGGGUGCCCAGCAGCUGUGGUUGAUGGAAAUGUGGACCAUACUGGAAUCGGAGCAUCCAUUUCAGUACAGGAAAGUCAAGAGAGUAAAGAAGUCUCAGAUGAAGAUAGCCAAGAUGGAUGUCUUACAAUUAUGGAAGAUGGAAAUGUUGACGAAAACAUGACUUCUGACUUGUCAAGCCAAGAUCAGAUUAGUGUUGAGCAUAAUUGCUCUGCUCAUUCAAAGGAAGAUCUUAAACCUUUAAAUCUCAAAGGUCACGCAAACAUGGUAGAUGUUCUUGGAGAUGUUUCACCACAUGAUUCUAGUGUUGAAGAGCAUAAUGUGACUUCUAUUGUGAAAAAGGAUCUUAAACCUUUACUAGAUGACACAAAUCUACUUGACCAUGUUGAGGAGCUAAGCGAUAUUUCAUCAGAUGAGACGAGAGUUGAAGAGUAUAAUGAGACUUCUAAUGCAAAGGAAAAUCUUAAGCCUGUGCAUGACCCGAAAGAUCACACAAACAUGGUUGAUGAGCUGAGAGAUGCUACAUCAGAUGAUACUAGUGUUGAGGAGCACAAAGAGACUUCUACUGCAAAACUAGAAUUGAAACCUAUAUUAGAUGAUACAAAUCUAGAUAAGCUAAGUGAUAUUUCAUCAGAUGAGACGAGAGUUGUAGAGUAUAAUGAGACUUCAAAUGCAAAAGAAGAUUUUAACCCUGUGUAUGACCUGAAAGAUCACACUCAUAUGGUUGAUGAGCUGAGAGAUGCUACAUCAGAUGAGACUGAAAUUGAAAAGUGUAAUGAGAUUCCUAGUGCAAAAGAACAGCUUGAUGUGAAAGAUCGGUUAAACUUGACUGAUCCGUCGUCCCAUGGAAUUGAAGAGAAUGACACUAAAAAGUUUGCGGAAGAAAAAGAUGAAGGUUAUACUGGUGAAGAAAUUAUGCAAGAAGGUCAGAGUAAGUCAAAGGAAUGGGAUAACUUGGAUGGCAGUGAUACUAAACAUGAGGCGUCCAUGGCAAUGGUGGAACAUCAAGAUGAGUUUGUUUGGGGUCUAAAGGAUAAAAUAAACCGUGUUGAAAUGGAAUUCAGUGAUGAAGAUGCUUUCAUCGAUGAUGAUGAUGAUGACAUGGAGAUACAAAAGCGUGAAACACAACCUUACACACCAGAGGAGACAGACCUAGAAGACUAUACCCUUGUAUUAAGCAAUGAUUCAUCCUCAGAUGAGGAUCAGCCGAUGUCCGUUCAAGAGAAACCCACCCCAGCUUCUUGUACUGAUACUUCUAAUAUAAUGCAAGAUGAGAUUAAAACCGAGACCCUUCAGCAGAGUUUUGUGGUCCAACAAGAAGCUCUUGAAGUAUGUCAGAAUGAGUUAAAACCACUAACUACUGUUGAACCCACCAAAUUGGAUAUUAGUCAUUUAGAAAAAGAUGAUGAAAGAGAUUUAGGCCAACAGGAUAAAUCUAAAGCCAGUGUUGAGGAUGAUACACUUGUUGACGAGGAGACACAAAGUCAAGGCUCUUGUAAAGAUGACCUCAUCAAAACAUACCAAGAAUGCCUGUCUGCAAAAAUGUGUGCUUUGCCCCAUAGCCGGACUGAAACUCGUAAUGAAACCGUUGCUCCUCAAGCUUUGACAAUUUACAAACCCUCAGAAGUGGAGGUAAACAGCAUGUGCUCUACUCCUACGCAAGAUGAAAUUGCAUCUUUACCAGAAGUGAAUGAAAAAUUCAGGGAAGAAGAUUUGAAUAGGGAUCUUUACUUUCCUUACAACACUGAUCAUGUUGACAUGCUGCCACCUAAAAUUCCUGUAUGUCCUCAAGCACAUGUUUCUACCACAAAGUCAAUAUCUGAGUUUAUAGGGCAUUAUGAAGAAACGUAUGAUGACGAACUAAGGUGUGAGAGAAUGAAAAAACCUGGGAAAAUGGAUUUCAAAGAUAAAUCUGAAUUAACUACUAAGCGUUCGCCCAGUGAGGGCUCUUUCCAGUUAAGGCACAAACUCUGUCCCACCUCCCAGCAAAAAGAUGACAAGAACUAUAACUCCAUUGAGGGUGGACCUCAAAAUGAUUCUGGAUUAUUUUACAGAGACGACAAUGUAGACGAUUUGCAUGAAUAUUACCAGGGAUCUGAUGAAGGUUUGUCGUGGCCUGAUUACCAAACAGAGGAACCAGUUGAUCACCAAUUGUAUCCAUGUGAAAAUGAAUUUAGUUGUGACAAUGAUCAACCCAUUUGUUCUAAGUACAUUACAUCUGAACGUGAGUAUUCCUACAGGCACACAAAGCAUGCAAAGAAAGAGGUGGAAAACUUUUGUUGGGCAGAAAAGAGUUAUAAAUCAGACCCUCUGUCAGUUACUUGUACUACUGAAUAUACCAGGGAACAAAGUCCAAAAAAAAAGUCCAGAAAAAGCAAAUUUUGCCAAUAUUCUGAGUGGGAUGAUGAAGACUGUCCCAAUUUUACUGUAGACUACAGUAUCCAAAAAACUGUAGACUACAGUAUCCAAAAAACAUGCUUUGAAACUUGUCAAGCAAAGCCAACUAAGGUAGUCAGGGUUAGUUCCCUUCCACAUGUUAAGACAACUAAGCAGCAAUUUGACUGGCGCAGGUAUUUCAGAAGGGAGGCGGCCUUCAGUCAGCAAUUAGAUGUAAGUGAGAGGGAUAAUAAGUUCGACAUUCCACUCUCCUCUAUUGUCACAGUUUUGGACAGGAAAGGAAACCGGGUAACAUUCAGUAACUCUCCCACCGUGAAACCAUCUUUCAUUGGACUUGAAAACUCUUUUCAUGGCUGGCAAGAACAACAAAGUAAGACUGAUGUGACCCGGUCUGCGGUUGACCUUGAGUACCUUAUUUUCUCUAAAAACAUGAGUCAGGUUCUCAAAGAAAAUAAGAGCACAUCCAGUACCAGCACAUCACACUGUUGGGAAAAUCCUGACCUGUCUACAUGUCCCAUGACUGUUCGGUUUUCAAAUCUCAGUGAAGAGGAGAACUCCGCUGACCUUAGUAAAGCACAACAAUCACUUACUGAUUUUAAGAUAAAAGUGGACAUGUCUGACAGGAGAGGGAUGAGGGAGUCUGUAAGAAACUGCAAACCACAUCUUCAAAGACUUUUCUGUGAAAAGGGCAAUGAUGUUGAGUUUGCCGGGAUCUCAGAAAUAACAAAGCAAUGUGCUGUUACAUACAAGUCCAUGAUGAACGAUGUCUGCAACAGGAAGAGACUCUCUCGUCCAAUUGAGCCCAGUGGAAAGAGCGUCAAGAGGAAAUACAGUCGAGAGAGCGUUGGCCAACAUCCUGGAUUCGUUGGUCGUAUCAAGAAGGACACUUUCGACAAUCCUCACGACUAUCAGAAGUCCUCAGUGUGGCAAGCAUCCAAGACUAAGUACAGGUUCUUUAUACUCGUCACAUCAACGGAUACCUUCUUUAAAGAAACCAAGCACAUGUUGGAGAUUGAGGGCCACAUACAGGUUGAACCAGAAGAGUUUGACCUCAGUAAUGAUGGUCAGUCCCCUCUUCUCAUUAUACUGAGGAAUGAGGACAUUGCAGAGCACAUAUGUGAGGUGCCUUAUUUGCUGGAAUUGAAGAAGUCCCCCAACGUCCUGUUUGCUGGCAUCGACCGACCCGAUGACGUGGUGAACCUCACUCACCAAGAGCUUUUUGCAAACGGAGGCUUUAUAGUGUGUGAUGACUUGGCUCUUGACACACUUACCCUAGAUGACAUGAAGAAAGUCGUGGGGAUUCUGGAGGAGUUAGACAAGCAAGGGAAAUGGAAAUGGUUUCUGCACUAUAGAGACAGUCGCAGGCUUCGGGAAAGUGCGAGGUCCAGUCCUGAGGGAAGUAAGAAGCAGCAGUUUAUCGAUUGCUGUCAGAAAGCUGGCAUAGUCGAGGUCUUGCCCUAUCAUGAAUGUGAUGUCAUUUCACGGGAACGGCCGGAUUAUCUCUUCUGUUUGACCCGCCUCCAGAUUCAAAACGCCUCUGUACGGUUUCCUGUGUUUAUUACAGACACACCUACGGACUCUUUUGGAACAAAUGGGAUUUUAACCAUGAACAUUUACACAUUUUCACGGAUUCUUUCAAAUGAUACUUGUUCUGUGUCAUAAAUGUGUGUAUGUUGUUUUUUUGUGUGUUUGUUUUAUUUUAAUUUUUUAUCAAAAUAUAAUUUCUUACCGUUGGUAAGUACACCUUUGUUCAUAAUUAAUUUAUUGUUUAUGGUAAAACUUAAAGCAUAUAUCUUUGCUACUCAUGUGUAAUUGAUUACAAUUUAUAAGCUUUCCAGAAAAAGCUUUACCAUUUAUAAGACAGUUUCAAUGUACAAAUGUUUUAGUAUGUUUUAACCUGACUAUAUUUUUUAUCUCGACUGAAAACUCUAAUAAAUGAACUGUUUUAGUAUUGUUGUUUAGUUUUGUGUAUUUAAUACAUGUUAUAUUAUAAUUUAUUUAUUCAUUAUAAUCUAUUGUGGUUAUGAAGAUGUAGGCUUAUCUGUGUGUGCUUAGAAAAAUUCAAGUUAUGUUUAUUUGUAUAGCGUUUUACAUAGAUACAGUACAUUUAAAAUAAGGAACCAACUUAAAAUAUAAUAUUUGUUUUGCUACUAACAUAUUCUUCUGUAUGCUUACUAGACUUCUAUAUCUGCUCCCUAUUUGUUGUAACUUGUAUUUAUCAAUGAUUAUAGGUUGUGGUCAUCAAUUUUGUUCAUUUUUUGGUCUGGUACAAUUGCUCUCCUUUUUAAAUUCUAAAUUGAUUCCAAACUUGUUUGAACAUUUUGAUCUAGUUUUUCGUAUUUAAAGCUAAGGAAUCACUUGAGGGGAAAGGAGUGAAGGUAAGCUACUUCCAAAUUCUGGUUUGUAUUUGUACUUCAUUUACACCUGUCUCCAUCAAAGGAUUUAUUUUUCAGAUUCAGUGCAUUAAUAUUAAUUUGUAGAGGAAGACCAGGGAGUGUUGUAACAUGGGGUCAGUUGUAACACUGUCAGAAGUCAAAAAAGAUCUAUGGUAAUUUCAUCGAUAUCAUACACUCCCAUCACCAUUUUGACCUCAUGGGAAGUGACUGAGCUAAAUUGUUUUAUUUUAUUGAAAAGUGCCUACUCUUUGUUCUUCAAUAAAGUUCUUGCAUAAAAUGUG